AUGGGUAGGGGAAAGGUGGAGUUGAAGAGGAUUGAGAACAAGAUAAAUCGUCAAGUCACGUUUGCAAAGAGGAGGAAUGGGUUGCUCAAGAAGGCUUAUGAACUCUCUGUCCUCUGUGAUGCUGAGGUUGCCCUCAUUAUCUUCUCCAACCGUGGCAAGCUCUAUGAGUUCUGCAGUGGCCCUAGGGUGUAUUGUUUUCUGGGGGUCUUAAUUUUCCCUCCCUCGUUUCAUGGGGUGCUUAAAGUUCACAUCUUGCUGGUUGCUUUGUGCUUCAUGGCCAAGACACUUGAACGGUAUCACAGAUGCAGUUAUGGAGCCUUGGAAUUACACCACCAACCUGAAAUAGAGACACAGAGGCGCUAUCAGGAGUACCUGAAGCUAAAAUCCAAAGUGGAGGCACUACAGCAAACACAAAGAAACCUCCUUGGGGAAGAAUUGGAGCACUUAGAUGUUAAGGAGCUUGAGCACCUUGAACGUCAGCUGGACUCUUCCUUGAAGCAAAUCAGGUCUAACAAGUGUUCCAAAGGGUCACCAAUAUUUUUAUCAUUGGUGUCUUUGUCUUUGUUGGCUGGAUCAUUCAUGCAUGGAUCGUGGAAACUUCUGGCUACCAACUCUGUUCUAAUGGACACACAGGAGGAGAUGCUCCUGGAAACUAAUAACAUCCUGAGGAACAAGUAUUUGUUUCUGGUCUCAUCUUGUGGCACCCCAUUCGAUUGUGUCCAUGUUUCACAGUUGGAGGAAAUUAACAUAGCCCUUCAACCAACAUGGGAAGCUAGGGAGCAAAAUGCUCCCUUCAAUGGCCACCCUCACCAAUCAGAGGGAUAUUAUGACACAGCACAUUGCAACAGGUUAAAUGAAGCAGGAGGAGCUGCAGGAACCUCAGCCCAAAAUGCUAGUGAGUUCAUGCAUGGAUGGAUGAACUGA